CUCUUGGGUCGCUCAUGGGAGGAAGGUGGUGUGCAAGGAGGCUUUUGUCCUCUUCCAUAUCUGGAAGCAGAAGCUGGAAGACAAAGAAAAUGUCAAUAAGAGCACUCGGGACAACUGUAAAUAAUAAGCAACAUUGAAAAGGGAAGGAAAUUGAGCCAGAAAUCAAAAUAUUUUCCAUUUCCUUCAGAAAACCACACAAUUCUCCUCCUCCUCCAGCAGCUGCUAGACAAAACAGAGAAAAUCAAGAAAGAUUUCAACCAGGAAUAAGCAGAUUAUGUAGACCUGAAGGAUGCAUUACAUGAAAAGUCAAGGGAGUUUAUUUAUCAUUCAGCAAAAGAGGGAAAUAUUUGGAACAUAGUGGGGAAACUGUCAAUAGUAAAGCCACAUAGAGCAGACAGGCAUGCAGGCCACACCCUGUCAAGACUUAAAACGACUUAAAUGGAAGCACCACUAAGCAAAGCAUUGUCCAUAUUUUUGACUUCCUCAAGAAUAUCAGCCAUGGAAAAGCUCCAUAGAUUUGCCUAUUGUGCGAAAAGCACAGAUUCCAAAUCACAGCUGAUUAUGCAAUGAGGAGCGAGACAGGAGAAAAGCCAUACACGUGAUCUCAAUGUAGCAAAAACUGGUCAGAACAGCUCCCUUGUGGUUGUGUCUAGAUUAUGGGAAAAGCUUCAUUAGAAAUUUCCAUCUCAGACACCAGAGAAUUCACACACACACAAAACUAUUCAAAUGUCCUUUCUGUGGGAAAAGUUUCAGUCAGAAUUCUAGCCUUGUGAUACACCAGAAGACUCACAUAGGAGAAAAAUUCUUUGAAUGUCCCAAUUGUGGUAAAACUUACAGUUGUUAUUCCAAUUUGAUGAUACACCAGAGAAAUUUCAAAGGAGAAAAACCCUUUCAAUGUCUUGACCACGGGAGAAGUUUCAGUCGUAAUUCCAGCCUGGUAAUACACCAGAGGAUUCACUCCAUGGAGAAACCCUAUGAGUGUCGAGAUUGUGGGAAAGGUUUCAUUAGAAAUUCCCACCUGAUGAGACACCAGAGGACUCACACAGGAGAAAAAGCCUUUGAUUGUCCUAUCUGUGGAAAAAGUUUUAGUCAGAAUUCCCACCUGAUGAGACACCAGAGGACUCACACAGGAGAGAAACCGUUUGAAUGUCCUAUCUGUGGGAAAAGUUUCGGUGAGAAUUCCUACCUGGUAACACACCAGAGGACUCACACAGGAGAGAAACCCUUUGAAUGUCCUAUCUGUGGGAAAAGUUUCAGUGAGAAUGCCAGCCUGGUAAUACACCAAAGGACUCAUACAGGAGAGAAACCCUUUGAAUGUCCUGAUUGUGGGAAAUGUUUCAUUGGAAAUUCCAACCUCAUGAGACACCAGAGGACUCACACAGGAGAGAAACCCUUUGAAUGUCCAGAUUGUGGGAAAAGUUUCAGUCGAAAUUUCCUUCUCAUGAAUCACCAGAGGACUCACACAGGAGAAAAACCCUUUGAAUGUCCUGACUGUGGGAAACAUUUUAGUCAGAAUUCCCACCUCAUAAGACACCAGAGGACUCACACAGGAGAGAAACCCUUUGAAUGUCCUGAUUGUGGGAAAUGUUUCAUUAGAAAUUCUCACCUCAUAAUACACCAGAGGACUCACACAGGAGAGAAACCCUUUGAAUGUCCUAUCUGUGGGAAAAGUUUUAGUGAUAAUUCCAGCCUGGUGACACAUCAGAGGACUCACACGGGAGAGAAACCCUUUGAAUGUUCUGACUGUGGAAAACGUUUUAGUCAGAAUUACCACCUCGUGAGACACCAGAGGACUCACACAGGAGAGAAACCUUUUCAAUGUCCUGAUUGUGGGAAAUGUUUCAUUAGAAAUUCCCACCUCAUGAGACACCAGAGGACUCACACAGGAGAGAAACCCUUUGAAUGUCCAGAUUGUGGGAAAAGUUUUAGUGAUAAUUCCACCCUGGUGAGACACCAGAGGACUCACACAGAAGAAAAACCUUUUUAAUGUCCUGAUUGUGGGAAACGUUUCAUUAGAAAUUCCCACCUCAUAAUACACCAGAGUACUCACACAGGAGAGAAACCCUUUGAAUGUUCUGACUGUGUCAGCGUUCCAGAAAACAUGCCAGUAUACCUACUCUAAUAAAUUAUAAACUCCGAGGCAAACAUUUCUCAAAGUUUCAUUUAUUAGAGUAGGUAUACGGGUACAUCUGGGAAAACCCGAAUCUGAGAGUUUCGGGUUUUCCCUCAAUCAAUCAAAACCCCAAAUCCAGCCCCUGCACCCAUCAGUCUGUCACAUGGAUGUCUAAACUUGAGCCAUCGCUGCAACCACUCCUUUAGAUAUAUAAACACCAUGACCUUGACCAAAGGGAAGAAUGCUAUUAUGUCUAACUACAAUCACUCUCCUAAAUCCCCCCUCCUACUUUACCAAGCGCAAGGAGUUGGCAGCAUGGAACCUUCUGGUGCUAAUAUGUCUUCCAAAGCAGACAGAGUGUGGAAAACAUUUUAGUCAGAAUUACUACCUCAUGAGACACCAGAGGAUUCACACAGGAGACAAAUGUUUUGAAUGUCCAGAUUGUGAGAAAAGUUUCAGUCAAAAUUCCAACUUCAUGACUUACCAAUGUACUCACAUCGGAGAAAAACUCUGAAUGACCUGACUGUGGAAAACAUUUUAGUCAGAAUUUCCAACUCAUGAGAUACCAGAGGACUCACACCAUGGAGAAACCUUUCAAAUGUCCAGUCUGUGGACUUUACUUCAAACAUAAACCAUCUCUUAUUGCACACAAGGAAAUCCACAUGAGGCAAAAGUUGAAGAGUUUAGAGGAGGCUUGAAUUUCAUUUGUGAUCACCUGUUCAAAGUGUAGGUGAGAAAUUGACUGUUUGAAUUCUGGUCUAGUUCUUUUUACUCAAACUUUUCUCAGGAUUAAACUUGUAGGUGGAGAGAAAAGAAAAGUGGAAAAUGGCCUGACUCCCAUAUCCCCAGACCUUACACCCUCCUCCUUACCUUUUGAAGAUCUCUGAUCCUCAUUUUGGGAAGGGAGGGAAGGACAUGCAUGACUGUAUCCUGGAAGCAGCACCAUUUUCAGUGAUCCCUGGAUUUGUCCCUGGGCCAUGCUGUAGACUUUAGGAUGUAGCCAUUUUGCCACUCUGUUACAUAGAAGAGGGAAAAACCUCUCUGUUUUGCUACCUUAACAUGAGGGGAAAAAAUGUACAAUAGAAAAUGUCUCAUUUUUAAUAAUGCAUUAUGUUAGAAUGAUCAGAAGCAUUUGACAUGUAAAAAAUGAGUCUUGUCAGUGUUGCUAUGAAUAUUAGGGCAAGGCAAGAUGCUCAUAUUUGCCUCAAACUGUGAGAUGGGAAGCGAUUAAGUUAAAUAAUAAAUGAAUUUAAUAAGAAAAAGGUAAUAUAAAACUCAUUUCCAACUCUUGCUCAGUGAUGAGGACUCCACACAUACAGUGCGUUUCUAAGGCAUUACAAUUUUUAACUUGUAAUCUGUCUUUUCUGCAUUUUGCAUCUCUGUGUCAGCUUCCCUUCCCUCAUUAUAAAUUUAGAAUUUCCGUUUCAGAUUCAGAUUCACACAGGAGAGAAACCUUAUAAUUGUCCAGAUUGUGGAAAAAAAUUCAUCAGAAUUCCCACCUGGUGAUAAAAAAGUUUGAUUGGAAUUUUGAACUGGUGAUACAAUAGAGGAAUCACACAGAAGAGAAACCGUACAAAGCUUCAGUUUGUGGGAAAAGUUUCAGUCAGAAUUCCAAUCUGGUGAUAUACCAGAGGACUCACACAGGAGAGAAACCAUAUGAAUGUCCAGUUUAUGGUAAAAAGUUUCAUCAGAAUUCCCACCUGGUGAUACACCAGAAGAUUCACACAGGAGAGAAAGCAUAUGAGUGUCUAGAUUGUGGGAAAAAAUUCUUUCAGAAUUCAGACCUGAUGAUACACUAGAGAAGUCACACAGGUCAGAAACUGUAAGAGUGUGCAGACUGUUGGAAAGAUUUUAGCACUAGGUCUAGUUUUAUAAAUCAUGUAUGUAGAGUAUACAUACUGGGGAGAAACCAUUCAAAUGCCUUGAUUGUGGAUGGUGCAUCACAAAAAAUUCCUCCCUUACUGUGCACAAGGAAAUUCACAUUAUUCAGGAGGUGGUAAGUUUAGAGAAGUUUGAAAUUCAUUUGUGGUGUCCCAUUGGAAGUCCAGAUGAAAAACUGAUUACUUACUCUGUGGCCUGAUUUUUGUUAGUUAAAUGUCUCAUCAUGAGACAUCAAGGAUGAGAGAGAGAAAAUCAAAAUGUUAAUUCAACAAAGGCAAACUACGUAUCUGGCCAUCAGCAGGAGUCAAUGUAGCAGAAAUAGUGCAAUUUGCAAAUUGAGCAUUAUAGAAUAUAGAAAUGCAAUAUGCAGAGUUUCAGCCUUCUCUCUGGGUGUCGUCCAGAUUUUAAAGCCAGAAUUUCCCAGCCAGCAUAUCCUUUGCACAAAAUGUCUGUGAGUCAUAAGCAAUGUGGCAGCGUGAAAGCUUCUGGUGCUUCCAGAAACUCAAUGUUUCUGAGUGGUCCCAGUAAGCUGCUGAAGCUUCUAAAAAAAUACAUUGUAAAAAAAAUACGUACAGAGGUUGUAGCUUGAGCAGUAAAAACAUUGUGGUUUUGAUUAUAGGGUUCUUAGGUUCAUGAAUAACUCCUGCUGUGAUCUAGUCUUCUUGGAGAUGCUGUCUUGUUACCCCAGUGGUAGCAGCACAAAGAUGUUGACAAAUUUGUUGCAACUGCCUUGGUGUUUGAGCUGUGAGAAAUAAAUUAUACGGUGGAAAAUG